AUGCGAUCAGAAAUUAAGUUCCUAGAACGGUUUCUGUCAUCUUUGAAACAGUUCGUAGCCAUUUACAAUCGCGCUGAGUUUCCACCAAAUGCAACAAUGGAAGUGGAUUAUGGGUUCAUGAAUUGCCAGAAUUUCGAGGAAACCUGCAAUCUGUUGGAGAUUUUUAAAAGACUUCUGGAAAAAGCAAAUCCGCUAGUGCUCCACCAAGCUUGGUUAACCAAUAAACUUUUUAAGUUUGCACAGACAUCUCAUCAUAUGGAUGAGAGUCAAAGGAGAUUGAUGAGGAAUCUAUAUCCUUCGCGAUGGGAGUGA